CUUCCUUUUUCCCAUGCUUCCACCAUAUGUCGCCAAUCUUCUUCUUCUUUGUCAGAAAGGACGAGCCAUUUUGCUAUUGAUGCGGCCAUAGACUCCCUGGUCCAGAUCUUCUACUUCUCUACUACGCCAAAACCUCUUCAACCCUGGGACAAGAGUGACAUAAUAGAAGAUAUGGGAUCUGGAUUCAUAAUCUCGGGAAGGAGGAUUCUUGCACACUGUCUUACUGUGGACAAUCAUCGUUCAUCCUUUCGAGUGAGAAAGUUUGGUUCAUCCACUUUCUACACAGCAAAAGUCGAAUCAGUUGCUUACGACUGUGCUUUGGCUACCUUAGUUGUUGAAUGGAAUGAGUUUUGGGAGCAUACGCAUCCUUUGGAGCUUCAUGACGACUUACCCUCUAUAGGCGAUACUGUCUCUGUUUUGACAAAUGAUUACGAUACCACCAUUAAGCUUGUAGAAGGGGCUGUAACGUCUGUUGAAACGAGAGAAUAUUUCCACGGCACAAGAGAAUUGUAGGAGAUGGAUUACAUCCCUCCGCAAGGCCCAUCGAAUAAUAGGCCCAUCGAAUAAUAGGCCCUAAUCCAGUGCGUCGGAUUUGUUCGGUCGGCUACACGAGAAUUCGACCUUAGAGUACUUUUAGCCGGUCGAACAAGCCGACCAAAAGUACCCGGCUUUAAGGGAAUUCCGCCCGGGCCCGUGUACGCGGCCUUUCGCAUCAAGGCCCAAAGAGGCACGAAAUUAGGGCAUCAAGGGCAGGAGACCUAUAAAAAGGGGAGAGGAAGCAACAAGAAGAGGACUUUUGACCAUUGGACAGACCAAGCGGCUA